GCCAGCUCGCCUUGACAGCCAGCACUGGCGCAGAGUGGCGGAAUAAACGUUUACCUACAUUUUCUGGCAUAUAGCGAUUAUUCAAAGUCGCACUUUUUACGCACCCUUUUCCGGAGACAAGCGUUGGAGCGGCCUCGUCUAGAAUGGGGAACCGAGACGAUGAAUACGAUUUCUUGUUCAAAGUUGUGUUAAUCGGGGACUCGGGCGUUGGAAAGAGCAACCUGCUCUCUCGGUUCACACGGAACGAGUUCAACCUCGAGAGCAAGAGCACCAUCGGGGUGGAGUUCGCCACGCGCAGCAUCCAGGUGGACGGCAAGACGAUAAAGGCUCAGAUCUGGGACACGGCGGGACAGGAGCGCUACAGGGCCAUCACCUCAGCAUACUACAGAGGGGCAGUGGGGGCUCUGUUGGUGUAUGACAUCGCCAAACACCUGACCUAUGAGAACGUGGAGCGCUGGCUGAAGGAGCUGAGGGACCACGCCGACAACAACAUCGUCAUCAUGCUGGUCGGCAACAAGAGCGACCUGCGCCACCUCCGGGCCGUGCCCACGGACGAGGCCCGGGCCUUCGCAGAGAAGAACAAUCUGUCAUUCAUAGAAACGUCAGCCUUGGAUUCAACAAACGUUGAAGAAGCCUUUAAAAAUAUCCUCACAGAAAUCUACCGCAUCGUCUCGCAGAAACAGAUCGCAGAGCGCUGUGCCCACGACGAGUCCCCGGGAAACAACGUGGUGGACAUCAGCGUGCCACCGACCACCGACGGCCAGAGGGGCGGCAAACUGCAGUGCUGUCAGAACCUGUAACCUAUGGCAACCAUCCCUCCUCACCUGGGCCGAUUAUUAAUUGAAAUCCACAGUGUUGGUAUGCUUCCAUCCGCCCGGGGUGCAAUACCGUAUUGUCUGAAACUGCACUUCUUCAGACCAGUGGAGUCAGUGCUGUUUUUCCCCAAGCGAUCGUUCCCAGAAAGUCUGAAUUGAUUUCAAGUUGUAAUCGGACCCGUUCUGCUACUUUCUAGUGCUAAAACAGGACUGGUGGUACCGCAUGAAUAGCUACCACAGUUUUCCAUGAUCGUGUAGCAGAAUAGCCUUGUCUGAGACCUUGUAAAGUAGAUAUACAUACGGUAUGUAUCCGCACCAGUCGAAGGCCUGGGUUUGAAUCCUGCCUGUUUCAGCCGGACCAGCAGUCCUGAUUUUCUGGGCUAUACUCUCCCCUCUCUUCAGUCAUCAUCUCAAAAGUGGUCGUAACGCUGCUGAUGCUUAUUUCAUUUUGUGUAAAAUAUAUUCUUCUGUUUUGAUUUUGACAGCUUGUCUGCUCACAUACAUUAUAUUAAUGCCAUGAAAUUAAAUUUUACAAUGUUA